AUGCCCGGUCCGCGCGCAGGAAAGAGUUCUAGGGCCAUCGGUCCCUCCGAUGGGGGCUCAUCCGGCAAACAGUCCCUGAGUGAAGCACAGGACACAGAGUUGUAUGGCCAAAGCGACAUGUCAGGCUACAACCUGUCUAUCGCCGCUGCGGAUGGAGACGAUGAUAUGGAAGAUGUCGGACUCAAUGGAAGAUCUCUUGUUGGGCAAUACACAGCGUCGAAGGACAUGCUAAACGAGUUCGCGCACGGCGAUACUGCGGAAGCAGACAUCCUCGAUAGCCGUGAGAAGCAGGCGCAGAUCGCUUCGCGCGAAACCGAUUAUCAAAAAAGAAGAUUCGAUCGUAGACUGUCACCAGAACGUGCCGAUGCAUUCGCGAAAGAUGGACAAGGCGAGGGCGCCACGUACAAGGAGGUUAUGGCGGAGCGACAGCUAGAGCGUGAGGAGGAGCGCGUAAGGAGGGCUAUCGAGGACAAAGAGAAGAAUGGUAGCAACGAAGUGUUGGACCACAAGCCUACGCUUAAGGAUGAUGCACCGGCACCAGUCAACGGCGAUAAGACUCCACCUAUGGAGAAGAAGCGCAAGAGAAGAAGAUGGGACGAGGGUGGCAAAGAUGAAGCUCCAGUCGUGAAGACGGAGACGGAAAAAGAGCCAGAGGUGAAGAAGUCGAGAUGGGAGACAGGGUCUGAGGAGCAGAAGGCACCAGUACGAUCACGAUGGGACACCACAGCAGUCGCACCCUCGAGCGGCGCAACCCCAGCACCGGCCACAGGUGCGAACGGUGCGCGCCCUGCGGCGCCCGCAUACGCCUUCGGCACAGACAUCUCCAACCGCAACGCCCCGCUAUCCGAUGAGAUGCUUGACAUGAUGUUGCCUGGCGAAGCCGAGGGCUACAAGGUGCUUGAGCCACCACCAGGCCACGAGCCGGUACGCCGACCAGUGGGUGUACCACAACUACCCACAGGAUACCAAGGCUUCUUGAUUCCAGAAGUAGACAACAGUCUGGCAGCUAUGGGCAAGCAGCUACCAACUGAGAUACCCGGUGUUGGAGAUCUACAGUUUUUCAAGAACGAGGACAUGAAGUACUUUGGUAAGCUCACCGAUGGGGCGGACGAGAAUGAGAUGACCGUGGAGGAAUUGAAGGAGCGCAAAAUCAUGCGACUGCUUUUGAAGGUGAAGAACGGUACACCUCCGAUGAGAAAGACCGCUCUGCGACAGCUUACAGACAAUGCCCGUCAAUUUGGUGCAGGGGCGCUCUUCAACCAGAUAUUGCCCUUGUUAAUGGAGCGCACGCUCGAGGACCAAGAGCGGCAUUUGCUGGUUAAGGUCAUCGACCGAGUUUUGUACAAGCUCGAUGACCUUGUACGACCCUACGUGCACAAGAUCCUUGUUGUCAUUGAACCGCUUCUCAUCGACCAAGACUACUACGCACGAGUGGAGGGCCGUGAAAUCAUCUCCAACCUCGCAAAGGCAGCUGGCCUCGCCCAUAUGAUCAGUACUAUGCGCCCAGAUCUGGAUCAUCAGGAUGAGUACGUACGCAACACUACAGCUCGAGCUUUUGCUGUCGUUGCAUCUGCUCUCGGUAUACCAGCUCUUCUUCCUUUCCUCCGCGCUGUGUGUAGGUCCAAGAAGUCAUGGCACGCUCGUCACACUGGUGUGAAGAUCGUGCAGCAGAUUCCUAUCCUAAUGGGUUGCGCUAUUCUACCUCACCUAAAGGGUCUUGUCGAAUGCAUCGGAGAGAAUCUCAACGAUGAGCAGCCAAAGGUCCGUAUGGUCACAGCUCUCGCCCUUGCCGCCCUCGCCGAAGCCGCCAGUCCAUAUGGUAUCGAGUCAUUCGAUGAAAUUCUCAACCCCCUUUGGACAGGAGCACGCCGACAACGUGGCAAGGCCCUCGCUUCUUUCCUGAAGGCUGUAGGCUACGUCAUCCCUCUCAUGGACGAAGAGUACUCCAACUACUACACCAGUCAGAUCAUGGAGAUUGUCAUUCGCGAGUUCCAGUCACCAGAUGAGGAAAUGAAGAAAGUCGUGCUGAAGGUGGUCUCCCAGUGUUCGAGCACAGCAGGUGUCACGCCUGUGUAUUUGAAAGACAAUGUGCUGCCAGAGUUCUUCAAGCACUUCUGGGUACGACGCAUGGCUCUCGACAAGCGAAAUUAUCGUCAAGUUGUAGACACCACCGUCGACCUUGCUCAGAAGGCCGGCGUCGCCGAGAUCGUUGGCCGCAUUGUUAACAACAUGAAGGACGAGAACGAAGCCUACCGCAAGAUGACCGUCGAAACUAUUGACAAGGUCAUCAGCACUCUCGGCGCCCACGACGUUGACCAGCGCUUGGAGGAACAACUCAUUGACGGUGUCCUCGUCGCAUUUCAAGACCAGACUAUCGAGGACCCUAUUGUCAUUGAUGGUUUCGCUACUGUUGUCAACGCAUUAGGCGAGCGUACAAAAACUUACCUCCCACAGAUCGUUGCUACAGUUCUUGCCCGCCUGAACAACAAGUCUGCUACUGUGCGACAACAAGCGGCGGACCUGAUCUCACGAAUCACAUUCGUUAUGCAGAAGUGCGACGAAGAUCCACAGCUAAUCAAGCUUGCUCAGGCAUUGUACGAGUACCUUGGCGAAGAAUAUCCAGAAGUGCUGGGUUCGAUCUUGGGCGCUCUCCGAGCGAUCGUCACUGUCGUCGGCCUUCACGCCAUGCAACCGCCCAUCAAGGAUCUUCUGCCCCGACUCACACCAAUCCUUCGUAAUCGACACGAAAAGGUGCAGGAAAACACCAUCGAUCUCGUAGGACGUAUCGCUGAUCGUGGUGCCAAUUAUGUCAACCCGCGUGAAUGGAUGCGAAUCUGUUUCGAGUUGCUCGACAUGCUGAAGGCACACAAGAAGGGCAUCAGACGUGCUGCCAAUAACACGUUUGGUUACAUCGCUAAAGCCAUCGGUCCUCAGGAUGUGCUAGCUACACUUCUGGGCAACCUUCGUGUGCAGGAGCGUCAAUCCCGUGUCUGUACCGCCGUCGCCAUUGGUAUCGUCGCCGAAACCUGUGCGCCCUUUACAGUUCUACCUGCUCUCAUGAACGAGUACCGUGUGCCAGAGCUCAACGUUCAGAACGGUGUUCUCAAGUCACUAUCGUUCAUGUUCGAAUACAUUGGCGAAAUGGCCAAGGACUACGUAUACGCCAUCACACCUUUGCUCGAAGACGCUCUCAUCGACCGAGAUCAAGUUCAUCGUCAGACUGCUGCAUCAGUUGUCAAGCACGUUGCCCUCGGCUGUGUUGGCCUCGAUUGCGAGGAUGCCAUGAUCCACCUGCUCAAUCUUCUGUGGCCCAACCUGUUCGAAACCAGUCCUCACGUCAUUGAUCGCAUUGUUGAGGCCAUUGAGGGUGUCCGCAAUGCCGUCGGUACACCCUUAGUCAUGAACUACGCAUGGGCUGGUCUUUUCCACCCUGCGCGCAAGGUUCGACAACCGUACUGGCGCAUCUACAACGAUGCAUACGUACAGUCAGCCGACGCCAUGGUGCCUGCGUAUCCAGCGUUUGAGGAGGAGAAGACAAGGAGGCACGAACUGGAUAUCUUCAUCUAG